GGUGUCGAGAUAGUCAUUCGUUUCAGGAAACUUCAAGGUUGGAAUACAUGCCAUUGAAGCUCCCAAGCUGAGUCAGAAUCCGUCGGCCACUCGGUCUUGGAAACCAGCCAGAUUGGUUGACCUAAUUUGUGCCAACAAUUGCAGCGUAGUCGGACAAUUGCACCUCUAACCGUAUUCCGGCUGAAAGUUCUGGAUUUUAAAGCUAUUCGGGAGAUAUUUUCUGGUCCUGUUAGUAUCACCUCCAACCAGGUCACAGCAAGGUCUUGGAAUUCAGGUCGUUGGCGGUUUCCAAGAGUAACACUUAAGGGCAUUCUUCCUCAAUCAACAGUUGAGGAGCACCCCUUCUUGGUUGAAGUGUAGAAGUCAUAUCUAGGCUAGGUUAUACGUUGAGCAGCCAGGGUAUUGAUUAGGUCUGGCAUUUGAUGUUCAACUAUCACUAUCAUGUACGAAGGUUUGUACUCGCCACAAACCAACUCAGAUGGAUGCCACCCACCUCUCAUAAGCUCUUUCAAUUCUGCAGAUUUGUGUCUCAUCCUCGCUCACAUUAAGCUUGAGCAAUUUCUAUUUCCUUUAGACCAAAACAUGUAUGCUUUCAGAACACUUGAGGAUCUUGUUGUUUAACUCACACAAGGUUGGGAACAACUUCUGGGAUUGGGAUAAGCCAUAUUUUACGGCAUUCGUUCAAUUGAAGGUUGCGCAAGAAGCCUGAAACAGGGGUCUGACGACUAUGUCAGAAGAGGAAACGGAGGAGGAAGGAGGGGUACCACUUGAACCUCCAAUUUAUUUCCUUGUUAAAAAAGUUUAUUCUUCGUCCCAUUCUGUGUACGCUCUGCUGUCGUUCAAUUUUUAUGGACAUUGGUAAGAAUGUAACGACCAAACCUCAGGUGGAAGACAAUCACCAAGGAGUUUUCAUGGUCAGGAGAAUUGGUAGAUGGAUGGAUGCCAUAUGGCCCUGGAAAAGCCACAUAUUCUAAUGGAGACAGUUUUGAAGGAUCUUAUGAUGAUAUGAAACGGAAUGGCAUAGGCAAGUAUAUAUAUGCUAAUGGAGCGGAAUACGAGGGAAGUUACUCUCAAAAUCAGAAGACGGGUUAUGGUGUCAUGAAGUAUCCUGAUCAAAGCGUCUACGAAGGUGCCUGGUUCAGGGAUUUGAAACACGGAGAAGGGAAAUACAUCUACCCGAACCAGGAUAUAUACAAAGGAGAGUGGAAGAAUAACAUCCGGCAUGGUACUGGGACUUACUUCUUUGCAAUGAGCAUGAGUCAAUUCAUUGGUACGUGGCUUGAUGGGAAAUUCAUAGCUGGGCAAUGGGUCUUCCGAAAUGGUGACGUUUACGAAGGGAGUUUCAGGAAGAACAAGCCAGAGGGUGAGGGCAAGUUCAUGUUCGCUGCAAACAAGACUACAAUUUACGGCAAAUUUGCUGAUACAAAAUGGACAUCAGGAGGGUGGAUCCGCACUCCCGAAUCCAUUCUUGAGUCCAAGGAAGCUGUGUGUGAAUUACCACCGCCCCAAGCCUUCAAGCCCGUCAUGAACCGUUCCAGCCAGCCUUCUUUUGUGACUUCAAUGGAGUUCACGUAGCACCGGACGUGGAAGUAAGGGAGUUCGCUUCAUGCAUUUCCGCAAAAUAGGAAGCAGUUCAAUGAAUCAGUUAUUAAAAUCAGCAACAUUUCAGUAAUUUUUUUGUGAAAAAUCUGGCCCAGUGGCAGUACCUUCGUCAGCUUUACCACAUAUUCAGAAAAAUACACCUCACAACAGUCCGUUCAUGUAAUAUCCCGGUGGCCACUUCUCAAAAAGAAUGUACAGGACCUUUGGCAAGAUCAUAUGCUUUGAUUCGCCUCC